AUGGCGGAUCCCAACACAACCGCCUUCACCAACCCCUCCACCUUCAUCUUACUGGGCAUUCGUGGCCUAGAAAUGAGCCAUGUCUGGAUCGCCACCCUCUUCUGCAUCCUGUACUUCAUCGCCAUCUUAGUAAACUUUGCCAUCCUAUAUAUUGUGAAGACGGAGCCCAGUCUCCAUGAGCCCGUGUACUAUUUCCUCUGCAUGCUGGCUGUCACCGACCUGGUGUUGUCCACCAGCACCAUACCCCAAAUUCUGGCAAACUUCUGGUUCAGUUCCAGAGAGAUCAGUUUCAGUGCCUGCCUCACCCAGAUGUUUUUCAUUCACGGCUUCUCAGUGAUUGAGUCUGGGAUCUUCGUGGCAAUGGCUUUGGAUCGCUAUGUGGCCAUCUGCUAUCCCCUGAGACAUUCCACCAUCCUGACAAACUCCGUGGUAAUGAAGAUUGGCCUGCUCAUUCUGUUACGUGGAUGCAUCCUUGCACUGCCCUAUCCCUUCCUGGCGAGGCAGUGGCCGUAUUGCAAAACCAACAUCAUCAUCAGCACUCAGUGUGAGCACAUGGCUGUGGUGAAACUGGCCUGUGGCAACACCCUCAUCAGUAGUUACUACGGCCUCUUCGUACUGUCCUGUAGGAUCGGUCUGGACGUGUUUUUCAUUAUUCUGUCCUAUAUUCAGAUCCUCAGGGCCAUCUUCAGACUUCCCACAAAGGAAGCCCAGCUCAAGACUUUUCGGACUUGCAGCUCGCACAUCUGUCUCAUAUUAGCCUUUUACUUCCCAGCUAUAUUUGGCUCCCUGGCAUCCCGUUUGGGCAGCAACUUGUCCUCUCAUUUCCACGUUUUCAUUUCCAGUGUCUACCUCCUGGUUCCCCCCAUACUUAACCCCAUCAUCUACGGUGUGAUGACUAAACAGAUCCGGGACAGGCUGCUCCGGCUCUUUACCCCUAAAGUAACUAAAGUUUUCUCCUCUCAUACAGCUGCCUGUCAUACAGAGCUCCCUGGAGUGUUGGCCAGUGACAUGGUGCUAUUUCCUGGAACACUGACUGGCCAAUCAAAGAAACUUUAA